GUACUGUCAAAACUGCGAAAAAAAAAGAUACGAGUAAAUAUUUUUCUGGUCAAAAAAUACUAAUAAGCCGGAAAUUAUGAAGUUAUUGUGUGAAUAUGUGUAAAAUAAAACUCAAAUAUAACUAAUGUGAGCGUAAAUUGACGCCACGUUGGUUUUCACGUGUUAAACGCGCAGAUCCUCUCCAUCAUGGGUCCGUGCUGCGUGGAAGGCUGUGAGGUGACUGGAGAGGAGACCUACUACUUUGAGUUCCCCACGAGCCGCCAGCUCCGCCGCAGCUGGCUGCAGCUGACGCGCGUGUCGGGCAAGCUGCCGCUGGGCGCGGUGGUCUGCAGCCGACACUUCCCCCCUCACGACUACGAGCUGGUGCGAGGCAGGGUGCGACUCAAGAGGAAGGUCGUGCCCAGUCUGCUGCUGGAUCUGACCACACCACAGCCAAAAGAAAAUGCCCCAGAAUCGCCGAAACCACCACAAUCAGAGGAAACUCCUAAACCUCAAAAAUCAUCACCAACACCACCCAAAUCACCACCAGUUUUGAGAUCACCACCAGCUAGAUCCCCAUCGCCAAUACCACCAAAAUCACCAAAAGUUACAGCAGCUUGUGACUCCACGGUCUCAGAUCUACCGGAAGACGAGCCUGCAGACCAGCGGACAGGUGGACAGACAGACGAACGGACGGUUGCACGGACAGACGUUCAGACAGACAAGCAAACACCAGAUUCAAGGCAUAGAACGGAGUCAAGUGAAAUAUGUAAAGUUGUGAACAAUGACAUUGGGAGAUGGAACCAUAACAUUGAUUUGGCUAACGUCCCCCUGCCCGACCCUCGCCAGGACAUCGAGGAGAUGAUCACGAACUACCACAUCAUAAACAAGCCGCUGGCGGCCCGCCCGCCCUGCCCGCCGCCCUGCGACCUGCUGGGCGGGCGGGCCGCCUCGCCGCUACACACCAUCGAGAUAGACGACAAGGAUCCCGUGUUCAUCGAGGUGCCGGUUGAUAAAGACAACCCAUCAGCGGGCGGCGGCAGCCAGGACUGCCUGAUGCUGCUGGAGAGCGUGCAGGUGGACGUGGACCCCGACAGCCUCAUGUUGCCGCACCCGGACGACCGCGAGCACGACGAUGACAACGACAACAACGACACGCCCGAAAGAAAAGAAGACCCAAUAAGCCUGUUAACAUCGAGCGAUGAAGACGACGUCAUCAUAGAGGAGCCGCACAUCGACACCGUCGAAGUGUCAGACGAGACCGACGAGGACGACGUCCCACUAGUUAAACUAGUCAAAAAGACCCCCAAAAAGAAACUACUCAAAAAGAAAACGAAAAAAAUCAACAAACAGAUACAAAAACAAGAAGAUUUUGAGAAUGUUAUGUGGAAUAUGUUGGAUUAUUACUGUAUGCAGUGCCAUUACUCAACUAAUAACAGCGUUGAGUACAAUAAUCAUAUGAACGAACAUUCCACAGUGCUACAAGUGUGCCCAAUAUGUAGCUACACGUCAGCCAGCAAGACUAUGUUCUCAAGACACAUCAGAAAACAUCGGGAAGAGAAGAAAUUCCGGUGCCACAUAUGCGACUAUCGGGCGAAACACAACAUGAGUCUCAUCUACCACUUAAAGUCCCAUGAUAGUGCGAAUUUAGAAAGUGUUAAGCGCGGUUUUAAGUGUAAAAAGUGUGGUUUCCAGUCAGAUGUGAAGGCAACAUUGUUGAAACAUGUGCGUUUGUGUAGUACGGGCGUUAAGAAGUAUUCGUGUGAUAAGUGUGUGUACGAGACCAAGAGAUGGUCGGACCUGAAGCGGCAUCUCACGAGGCGGCACAAGGAAUUCGGAGACGACGAGUGCGUCGAGGAAGCCAGUUGGACGUAAGUCUGAUUCUAGUUAAGGUUGUGAACGCUAUAGUUGUUUAGCAGUAUGUUUCUAUGUCUAGGUAAUGAUGGGCUAGAUAUGCCCUCGGUCUCGGAUCGCAGUUGCGAUCUAUGAUCAAAAUCCGUGAUCACGAGACGAGAUUGACUGUAGAUUGAUGGUCAAUCUAUUUAAUACGGUUUAUUGAUCACGAGUAGAACAAGAGUAUUUGAAAGGGAUUGAAGGUAGAUUGAUGG